AGUUAGAUGAGUUAGAUAUGCUUGUUCCAUCUGCAUUGUUAUCUGUACAUAUUUAACGUGAAUGCGUAGUGUAGUGCUUGAUGUAGUUGCUAAUUAAUUGGUGAUAGUUUAGUGUGUACUGUGACAACGAGUGUAAAUUUGCCUUUUGCCGUGGAUUGUUUACAUCACUGUUUUAAGAUUCCCUACGAGCUGGUAGUGGUUGAACUCCACAAAAAGUUUCCGAUCAAGAAAUAGGAAAGGUGGAUCUUUGACAUUCGUCGUAUACAUUUUCCCAAGCAUCUUCCCUAUUAAUUGACAAUUCGUAUCUCGAAAUUUAAGAGAAGUCUUUGAAGAAAAAAUGAUGUCGGCUUCAGCUUCUUUCUCUUGGCGGAUCAUUCUGCAAACAUUUAUUUAUUCAUUUGUUGUUGCUGCAGUAGCAAUUAUUUUGAAUUUUGAAAUUCAGCAGCAAUUAUGGAUUUAUUUAACCGAAACAUCAUGCCUGUUGAAAAACAAUUAUAUACUGAUGGAAGUUUCACGACCAAUCAGCGAGUGCGCUAUCUGCGAACACAUUACUGGACCAGAAAUAUUAUAUAAUCCAACUAUUUCAGAGUUCACCGAGAUUGCUUACGCUUCAAAACCACUAAUAAUCAAAGGAGGUGCAAAGCACUGGCCAGCCAUAGAAAAUUUUAGCUUCGAGUUUUUAGUUCGGCUGUACGAUGAAAGCGGGUUAGAAGCAUACCAAAGUGUGGAGGAGGAAUGCCAGUUUUUGCCAUUUAAAUCCAACUUUCAAUCACUCCAUGAAGCUCUCCAUAUGAACAUUAGUGUGCAACCUGAAGGACAGUGGUACAUUGGUUGGAGCAAUUGCAACCCAUAUAUUCGAAAGAUGUUGCGGACAUACUAUACGAAACCAGACUUUAUCCCGCCAGAUUCAGAAUCUUCAUCUUUAGAUUGGAUUUUCAUGGGUUCCCCUGGACCUGGCACCACAUUGCAUAUUGAUUACGUCCUUCGGCCGUCAUGGCAAGCUCAAAUCAGUGGAAACAAAUUGUGGCAGUUGGUUCCUCCUCCUGAAUGUGAAUUUAAUGAAUUUUGCCACACAUUUAACUUCACAGCAGAAAAGGGCGAUAUAGUAUUUAUCGACACAAACUGGUGGUAUCACAAUACUUUUGUACUAGUUGAGGGCGGGCUCUCAAUUGCUGUUGGCUCCGAAUAUGAUUAAAUGGUUUUCAAGUCUA